UUAUCUGGGUUCGGUCUCUCUGACUCUAAGUUUUUGUCUGUCGUUUGUAAUAUUAGUUCUUUGCAAUCGCUUGAUGUUUCCGAAAACCAGUUUAGCUCAAUUCCCCAUGAAUUCAUCACAGAUUGUGGAAGGAUUGGUGGGCUCAAGUUGUUGAAUUUUAGCAAGAAUUGGUUGGAUGGUUCUUUGGUUAGUUUUGAUGGUUUUGUUGGAUUAGAAUUCUUGGAUUUGUCUUAUAAUAGAUUGAGUGGAAACAUUAGUUUACUGUUUGAUGAAUUAGUUAAUCUCAAAAGUUUGAAUGUUAGUCGCAAUAAUUUUGAAGGGGUUAUUUCUAGCAAUCUUGGGAAAUCUAAGGCUUUAGAGCAACUUGUGCUUUCUGUGAAUCAUUUCAGUGGUGAUAUACCUGAAGAAAUUGCAGAUUGUGCGAAUUUGACCUUUAUUGACUUUAGUCUCAAUAAUCUUUCGGGGUCUAUUCCUAAUAGAAUUGGAGAACUUGCAAACUUGGAAGUUCUAAUCCUCUCUGAGAAUAAUUUAAAUGCUGGAAUUCCAACAAACCUUUCCAGUAUAUCAACCCUGUCGCGUUUUGCAGCCAAUCAGAACCAUUUUAGUGGCUCAAUUCCUGGUGGACUCACAAGAUAUGUGAAGAAUUUAGAUCUUAGUUACAAUAAAUUGACAGGGUCUAUUCCAGGAGACCUUUUAUCAUUUACAAAUUUGCAGACUGUGGAUUUGUCUUAUAAUUUGCUAAACGGUUCAAUACCUGAUAAAAUGUCUCCAAGCUUGGUCAGGUUGAGAUUAGGAAGCAAUUCACUCAAUGGUGUGAUCCCUUCGGUGAAUUUUGCAACUCUGGAAAAAUUGACUUACUUGGAGCUAGACAACAAUAGCUUCACUGGAAUGAUACCUCCAGAAUUGGGUGAUUGCCAAACUUUGACGCUGUUGAACUUGGCUCAGAAAAAACUGAAUGGUUGAUUGCCGGUAAGAUUGGGUAAUCUCAGCCAUCUUCAAGUCAUGAAGCUUCAACUCAACAACUUGAGUGGAUAUAUCCCUGUUCGGUUUUCGCAGCUAAAGAAGUUGUCUCAAUUAAACAUUAGCUGGAAUUCGCUGACUGGUUCAAUACCUCCUUCCUUUUCCAACUUGCAAGGGCUUACAAACUUGUACUUACAACACAACUAUCUCAGUGGUCCCAUACCUGAUUCUAUCAGGAACAUGUAUUCUUUGAUAGAACUCCAUCUUGGAGAAAAUCAGCUAAGUGGCCGAAUUCCACCGUUGCCAGUGAAAUUGCAGAUUGCUUUGAAUCUGAGCAGCAAUCUCUUUGAAGGAUCAAUUCCAGACAGUCUUGCUACUCUGACUGGAUUAGAAGAUUUAGAUCUCUCAAACAACAAAUUCUCUGGUGAGAUUCCUUAUUUUUUGACUCAAAUGCCAACCCUGACGCAGUUAAUUCUUUCUAAUAAUCAGUUGUCAGGAAUUGUUCCGAAGUUUAGCCCGCAUGUUUUGGUCAAUACAAGUGGAAAUCCGAACCUCAUACAUGCACCAGCACCAGCGCUAAACGCUUCCCCACCACUGGUAAGGGCAGAGAGGAGGAUGCCAGUUGCAGUUGUAAUACUUAUGGCCCUCGCCGCUAGUGUUUAUGCUGCUAGGGUAAUCACAGUCAUAUGUUCCUUCUUUCUUCGAAUAAUCCGAAGUAUUAGAAAAUAG